UCAGUCACUCAAAUCCGCUUGUGCUUGUUGUGCUGGCUGGACGUCGAAACGAAAAACUUGACGUUCGAGUGAAGAGAACCGCGGCGGGAGAAGAAAAACUCAAAAGUGCAAAGAAAAAGAUGGCAACCGCUGCUGCUUCUGCUGGAAUUUUCAACUGAUCGGAAAAGUGAAAAAAUCUCCGUUUUCUAGUGGCCGAAUCGCAGCGGAAAAAGUGCAUUUCGAGUGGGCAUCGCUUCCCCGAUGGGAUUUCGACCGUAGAAAGAUUUCCCUCGUCCAGUAGUAACAUAGCACAAAAGUAUGUCCUCGUUGGAGCCCCAUCAUCACCCUCUGGUAACGAUCCCAUCGUCCUCCCUGGUGAUCCAAUCGCAGCAGUUCAGCGCCCUCCCAACGGCAUCUAUGAUGGACAACACUGCGCUCCUAUCGCUGAAGCCCCAGGCAUCGACCGUUUGCUCCGGUAACGGCACCACAUCCUACCACAGCAAUGAAUCAAUAAAUCUUUUCCACCCGUUGGGAAAAGCUCACGCUGCCAAACAGCAAAUCAUCAUGAACGAGUUCCUCAACAGUCAUCUUCCAGCGUCGAUUCCGAUCGCCCCCACCAAUGGAAGUAGUCUUUCCAGCACAACGAACGGAAAGAGCCUUCCAACAGUCCCAGAUCAGAACGUCCCGAACCUCUGUACGGACAUUGAACCGGACUCGACCACCUCCUCGCUGGGACAGCUUCCCGUCACACCGGAAAAGAAUGGCGGGGCCAAGUUUAAACCCCAGGAGGACGUCCUGGUCGAGCACAAGGACGGUCGGUUCUAUCUGGGCACGGUCAUAGCCAUCGGGAACUGCCAGUGUCUGGUGCGGUUCAACGACAACACCGAGUGCUGGUCGGAUUUCCGGGAGUUGACCAAGCUGAGUGGCGGUGGCGAAACGGACGACGCUCCGGCUUGCGUGGUGUGUAAGCGGCAGCAGCAGACUGACGACAGUGUUGAGGUUUGCGAAAACUGCGGCCGAGGCUAUCACGUCAAGUGUAUGGAUGGGAACUUCAAGCGCAAUGGGUACUGGUUCUGUCGGAUGUGUGCAUCUCCGAAUGGAAAACGAAAAGACGUACGAUAUGUGUGUUCCGGAGUGUUAUCAGAAUCGUUGGAUCCGUUGACGGACAAGGCGCAGCUUCCGUACGAUAUCGACACACUGACGUGGGAUCCCCUGCAUCGCACAAACGUGGAGCAGAACUACUGCUACUGCGGUGACGAUGGCGACUGGUUGCGGGAAAUGAUCCAGUGCUGCCGGUGUCAACAGUGGUAUCACGGUCGCUGCAUCCGCAGCCUUCAGUAUCCGAUUUUCCUGGGGGAUCGGUUUUACUUUUUCCUAUGUUCAAUAUGCAAUCGGGGUCAUGAGUUCGUUCGGCGGCUGGAGGUCAGCUGGCCGGACUUGAUCCAUCUGGCGCUGUACAACUUGAUCGCCCGCAAUGGGAAGCGAUUCUACGACGUUACGAAGGCGAUUUUUCCUUAUGUGGAGGAUAAUUGGAAGACGCUGCAGAUGAGUAAUCAGAUGAAUAAACUGUCGCCGAAUGCUCGGAAAGAGAUCAUUACCCAGACGCUGGCGAACGACCGAAAUCGGUUUAAGUGUGGCAGCGAAGUGCGCAAGGCGGCCACCAUGUGGACGCUGCGAGUUAACCAGCCACCGAGUCCCCCUAACGUACUAAUCCAACCCGGCCAGAUCAUCACCGAGCACAUACUGACGCAGAUGUCGGCCGAGAAUCGGAUCUAUCGCUUUCUGCCGAGGGUUGCCCUGGAGCGUUCCCUGGUGAACGAUGCGCCCAGCCGGGAGAAGAUGACCGGCGUCACUUACUGCUCCCCGCUGGUUUCGGAGGACGACGCCUCGGACGUUUCGGAUGAUCCCGAGGGCGGCAACCAGGAACAGGACAACAGUUCCGACUUCGAAGCUCCGACCGGUGCGGGCAUCGGCGGUGGCGAGCUUCUGGCGGCGACCUCGGUUGCCAUCGGAACUGCUGAGAACUUAAGUGGUGCAGGAGUGGGUGCAAUCAUUGCCAACAGUACAGGGAAACAACAACAGUCUAGUUCAAAUUUAAGUGAUUCGCUAUUUAGUUCCAAUGCUAAGGAUGGCUUCCAGUUGUUCGGAUCCGGUGUGACCGGGGCUGCGGCGGUGAUUGCUGGUACCAGUUCGAAACCGCAGAGUGACGCAGGCAGUGUUGCCAGCGGCAGUGGCAAUAGGCGGGCGUUCAAGUCUCGCUCGAAAAAGACGGAGAGCGAGAAGUCCUUCGACAUCUACGACUCGUCGGACGAUACGUCGAGAAAUACGCUGGAUUUGAUAAUACCCCCACCGAAGGAUUUCACCGGGAAGAAUAACCCGUUUCAUCAGGCUACGGCUGCGGCAGUGGCGGCAGCUGCAGCAGCAGCAGCCGUCGCUUCCACGGCAAGUAACGCACCCUCCGGAACAGGACUGCCGAAGGGUGGCAACGAACUGAAAGACUUGAUUCAAAAGGCUAAUACAACUACCAAUCACGUUAGUCAUAUAAGUAGUAACCUUAUAAGCGGUGAGCUCCGAGUGGCACGGAUCGUCAAGCGGAGGCUGAGUGCCCGCGACAUACUGAACGGGUCCAAGAGUAAACGGAGGAAGUUCCGGCAGAGUUCGGUUAUCGGUACCACCAUUACGGCUGUCCCUGCUCCGGUCAGCGCCCUUCCAACGCCAGGACAAUCAUCGAGCCUCAUAGCGUCCCUAUUCAACCAACCGAUCGACAGUAACGGUUGGACUAGCCAAAUUCCUCUCAGCCACCUGCUGCCGUCGUCCUCUUCAUCCGGCAGCAGUACCCCUGCCAACUGUUCCUACCAGCAACAGCAGCCAAAUUUGAACGUUCCUCAAGCACUGCCGGCCUCAGUGACUUCAGCUUCCUCACCGUCGACCUCCGUGGCGUCCGCAUCGACGUCAAUCGCGACUGCAUCUCAGGGACCACAACCACCGUCAAAACGCAACUUUGCCCAUGGUCGAAGGCUUCGCCAGCGUCAGGAACGUAACUACAAUGAAAACGGUCGAAGGGCGAGCUUUGCGGCCCCAUCUACCAGCACUCCCGGUUCCAGUUUGCCGGGAUCACCCAUCAAAAACGGAACCACGGCCAAUGGGGGCGAUAGUGGCCCAUCGUCCUCGGUGGUCGGAACAGAUCUCCAGUCGUCGCUGAAUUUGUACUUUGGCGCCGCCCAUCGGAUUCUGAGCGGCGAAAGGUUCGUCAUCAAGGGCCGGCGGGUUUCGGUGUCCGGCAAGGUACAGUAUUUGAUCGAGUGGGAAGGCUGCCCGGCGACGCAGGUAAUGUAAGUGGGUUUACUAUCGAUUUUGUUCGUGUUCGCGGUGGGUGGGACUUGGAACGGCGCUUUGUGGGUGUAGAAGUACGUUCUGCUACACCUCCCUUUUCGGUCUCCUGUGAGGUUUUGUCGUUUGUGUCUGAAAUGAGCGUUAAGACAUCAUACACGGCAAUAGCUUUUUUAAAUCAUUGGAGUAACAUUCCAAAGUUUAGGUAGUGAUGUGAUAAGGUUGAUGGUUUUAUUAUUUAUCAAAUCAAAAGCAAAUUGGAGUAGGAAAAUAGUAAAACAUUGUGAAUAUGUAGUGAAAAAUUGUGUUUUAUCACCACUCUAAAAGUAAACUACAAAUCUUUGACGUUUAGCUUUAUGCAUCGUGAAACAAAUUACUGACAAGGUCUUCAGUUAUUUGCAAGAUGAAAUCCGCACCAUGUUUGAAAGAAUUCCUCGCGAGAUGGUUGCUGAAUUCUUUCAAGAUAUUUCUUCCUGAUGCAACUUAUGAAAACUUAUUGUUAAAGUGACACUAAACACCAGAAUUUUCUAAACUACUGGUGGAUUUUUUCCUAAGUUAUUUGCAUUCCUGGGGAAAUCUUUCGUGUAGAGCGUAUCUUGGCGACACAGUUUAUAAUCAGAUGAUGGUGAAAUUGCGCCCAAAACUAUCCAUUAUCAACUGUGUUCGGUACCGACGGCCAUUUUAGCGUG